UCAGCAGUGUAAAGAUUGGACUACCAAAGCCCAUGUGUUUUCAUUGCUAAAAUAUUCACUCUGACUCACCACAACUCUAUUCUUGAGCAAUUUCACAUCCAAAACUCUUGAACAGUUUUAUUUUAUCUCUCUUUUUAUUAAUUAAUUAAUAUAAAAUAAAUGAACCCAUAACUUGCACCAGUAUAUAAAGUGAAAACCCCCCACAUUGUGUGUUUAUUGUGUGUCUUGCGAGUGAGAGAAAAACACACAAAGAAACAUGGGGGAGCAAGUGGAAGAACCGAGCUAUGAACAACAGCUUUCGACAAGAAAGAAAGGUGGUUUAGUCACCAUGCCUUUUAUUAUAGCUAAUGAGGCGUUUGAGAAGGUGGCUAGUUAUGGGUUGGUGCCUAAUAUGAUACUUUAUUUGAUGAGUGAUUACAAGAUUGGUGUAGCUAAAGGCACUAACAUACUGUUUCUUUGGACUGCUGCUUCCAAUUUUGCUCCUGUUUUGGGUGCAUUUCUUUCGGAUUCAUAUCUGGGUCGGUUUCUCACCAUUGGUUUGGGUUCCUGCUUUUCACUUCUGGGGACGUUCUUGCUCUGGUUAACCACAAUGAUCCCACAACUAAAACCACCAGCAUGCAACCAGUUCACACAAACCUGCAAACAAUCGACACAUUCCCAAUUCGCUUUCUUGAUCUUCGCCUUCAUAUUCAUCUCCAUGGGGUCAGGUGGAGUAAGACCAUGUUCUUUAGCAUUUGGUGCCGAACAAAUCGACAAUAAAAACAAUGUGAACAAUGAAAGAGCCUUAGAAAGCUUUUUCGGUUGGUAUUAUGCUGCUGGUGCCACUGCGGUUCUGAUCGCUUUCACGGGUAUUGUUUAUAUUCAAGAUCAUGCUGGAUGGAAGGUCGGUUUUGGAGUUCCUGCGGUUCUUAUGUUGUUAUCGACGGUUUUGUUCUUUGCGGCUUCUACGCUUUAUGUGAAGAUGAAAGUUAAGAAGAGUAUACUUACUAGCUUUUUACAAGUGAUUGUGGUUGCUUAUAAGAACAGAAAACUCCCUUCUCAGCCUCCGAAUUCUGAUGGGUGGCAUUUUCAUAAGGAUUCACCCGAAUCUGUGCCCACGAAGAGUUUAAGGUUCUUGAACAAAGCUUGCAUCAUACAGAACCCAAAAGACUUAACCUCCGAUGGGAUUGCUUUAGACCCGUGGAGUUUAUGCACAGUCGAACAAGUCGAAGAACUUAAAGCCCUAAUCAGAGUUCUACCAUUAUGGUCUUCAGGACUAAUGAUGUCUAUAAACGUUAGCCAAUCAUCCUUUCCAGUCAUCCAAGCAAGCACCAUGGACCGACACAUGGGAUCAAGCUUCCAAAUUCCAGCCGGAUCCUUUGCAUUUUUCACAAUCGCGGUUUUAGCCCUUUGGGUUGUUCUAUACGAUCGUGUUAUACUCCCAUUUGCGUCAAAGAUCAGAGGAAAACCGGUUCAUCUUGGUGUUAAACUAAGAAUGGGAAUUGGUCUAGUUUUCUCUACUAUGGCCAUGGUGGUUUCCGCUAUUGUUGAACACGCUAGAAGAAAACAUGCAAUCAAACAAGGAUUACUCAACAACCCGCAAGCGGUUAUUGCCAUGUCAGCAAUGUGGUUGGUCCCACAAUACUGCCUACAUGGAUUAGCCGAAGCUUUUAGUGCAAUAGCCCAAAACGAGUUUUAUUAUUCAGAGUUUCCUAAAAGUAUGUCUAGCAUUGCGGCUUCUCUUUUCUUGCUAGGAAUGGCGGUUGCUAACUUGUUGGCUAGUCUUAUUUUAAGCACAGUCGAACGACUCACAAAGCAUGGUGGUAAAGAAGGUUGGAUCGCCACUAACAUAAACCAAGGGCGGUAUGAUAGUUAUUAUUGGGUUCUUGCUAUCAUGAGCUUUGUGAAUUUGUUCUAUUUUAUGGUGUGUAGUUGGGCUUAUGGUCCUUGUGUUGAUGAAACGACGAAAAAGGAGUCGAAAACUAGCGACAGUCCUGAAACCCUAGAAGAAUUACAAAGAGCACGAUCCGUAGCGCUCGAAAGGCAAAGUCUUUUCAAAAGUUUGCCAUCAUAAUCUAUUGCUUGCAAAAUCUUGAAAAUAUAUAUUGUAUUUCAAGAAAGGUUCAUAUUAUUAUUAUUGUGUAGGCAAAAGGAUAUAUCUUUGAUUAUAAUAUAAUCGAUCUUAAACCCGGAUGAAAGAAUGAAGAAACGAUACAAUGACUCAAUGUGGGGCGUUGUUUAGUUUGGUUUGGUUUGUAGCGUGAUGAUAGACGGUGAGAGAGCAGUCGUUUGUUUGUGGUGUCGAUAGGCUUUUUUUUAGGAUUUAUAUUAUGAUGUCUUGAUAGUUUCGAACCGAACUUGAAAAAUAUACUUGUAAACAUAAAUAUUAAGUGUGUUUAAGGUUUUUGUUUGUACCA